AUGCAUAUUAAUACUUUAAUUUUUAUAGAUCGAGCUGAUCAAGAUGUUACAUCUCCGGAUGUAAGUGACAUUGAGUCACGAAAUUGCGAAGAAGAUUUAGAAGAUGAGGCAGAAGAAGAAGACGAAUCGGAGAAUGUUACGUCUCCAGAUGUGAGUGACAUAGAGUCACUAGGAGAUGACAUAUUUGUCGAAGAUGAUGUUCAGGGAGCAAGGGCUUUGACUCCCCCCGAUAUGCCCGAGCUUGUUUCUUGGGCAGAUGAGUUUGAGGGAGCAAGGGCUUUGACUCCCCCCGACAUGCCCGAGCUUGUUUGUUGGGCAGAUAACGCUUAUGGUUUUGCAGCCCAAGCUUUGGGUCGGAGUAUAACUCCGCCCGAUAUGCCCGAUCUCUUUUCGUGGGUGGAUAAUGGUGAGGGUCGAGCAAUGCGAGGUUCGGGUCGGAGUACGACUCCUCCCGAUAUGCCUGAACUAGUGUUGGCGGGCAAUGAUUAUGGUCAUUCAGCACGAACUUUGGGCAGGAGUAGAACUCCUCCUGAUCUCAUGAUGCCUGAUAAUGAUGGUUGGGUACCAUUCUUGCGUCGACAAGAGCUUCUUCCUGAGCUCCAACACUUUGAGAAAGUGAUUGGAGUUCUUUUGAAAAUAAAAUUGAGGGGGGAGGACGAUGAUACAGCCGAUUACCGCAUAAUUUAUCAGGAGGAAUCUGACGCACCCCCUCCGUAUUGGUGUUUUGGGCCCACUAACCCCUACGAAGAAUUAUUAUGCGUAAUUCUUCAGUUGCGAAUUGUGGAGGCAAUAGGAACUCGAACUGAGUAUCGCGUAAUUUACGGAUUCGACGAUUAA